UCCAUGAGCUGUGAUGGUGGGAAAGUGUUGGUUUUCCCAGUGGAUGGCAGUCACUGGCUGAACAUGAAAGUUAUCAUUGAAGAGCUCCAUUCAAGGGGCCACACCGUUUCAGUUGUGCGGCCAUCCGACAGCUGGUAUAUCAAGGAAACCUCUCCUUUUUACACGUCAAUUACCCUCGAUAUAGCAGGGGGAUUUGACGAGGACUUUAUCAGCACAUUUGUCUCUCAGUUGCUGGAGAUCCAGAGAGGAGGGAGAUCCGCCUGGGCUCAUUUCAAGCUGGAAAUGGAAACGAUGGAGAAGACUCAGGAGAUGCUUGAGAAAACGUCAAACAUGGUAUCACACAUGUUGGAGAACCAAGGGCUGAUGCAGUCUCUGAGAGAUGCUAAGUACGAUCUUUUUCUGACUGACCCAGCCAUGGGAGGUGGAGUCUUCCUGGCUCACUCCUUGGGUUUGCCGCUGGUGUUCAACGUGAGAUGGACUAUUAAGGGGGAGGGGCACUGGGCUAUAGCUCCCUCUCCCCUCUCAUAUAUCCCCAUGACAGGCACAGAGUUGUCAGAUAACAUGAGUUUCCUCCAGAGGGUUCUUAAUGUACUGGCUUAUGGCAUGUAUGAAUUACAGGCUGCCGUGUACGUGAAACCUAUUUUUUCUGAUUUAGCACAGCGCUUCUUUGGUCCUGACGUGGACUACUUCUCACUGUUUCAAGCUGCUGACCUGUGGCUCAUGAGAGUUGACUUUGUGUUUGAGUUCCCUCGUCCCACCAUGCCUAAUGUUAUCUACAUGGGAGGGUUCCAGUGUAAACCUGCCAAGCCCCUUCCUCAAGAUCUGGAGGAGUUUGUUCAGAGUUCUGGAGAACAUGGAGUCAUUGUCAUGUCUCUGGGGACUUUAGUUGGAGAGCUCCCUCAAGAUUUAGCUGAUAAAAUAGCAGCUGCUUUUUCUCAGCUUCCCCAGAAGGUGAUCUGGAGGUACAAGGGCAGCAGGCCAGCUACCCUGGGCAACAACACCCUAAUAGUGGACUGGAUGCCACAGAAUGACCUACUAGGGCACCCCCAGAUAAAGGUAUUUGUGGCUCAUGGAGGAACCAAUGGAGUUCAAGAGGCUCUGUACCACGGGGUUCCAAUAUUGGGACUCCCACUGAUUUUUGAUCAGCAUGACAAUCUGAUGAGAAUCGAAGCAAGAGGAGCGGGAAAGAUUGUUGACAUUUACACCAUGGACAGAGAAAUCUUCCUCCAAGGCCUUCAGGAAGUGCUGAAUGAGCCUUCCUACAGGCUGAAUAUGCAGAGACUCUCCAGGCUCCACAAGGACCAGCCAAUGAAAUCCCUGGAUAGCGCCCUCUUCUGGAUUGAGUUUGUCAUGAGACACAAAGGUGCUUCUCACCUUCGUACAGAGUCCUAUAAAAUGCCCUGGUAUGUUUACCACUCAAUAGAUAUAAUGGCGUUGUUACUCACUAUUGGAAUCAUAAGUAUGUUGAUUUUUGCUGCAGUAUUGAGGUCUUGCUUCAGGAUGUGUUUAAAGAGAAAAAUAAACAAG